CUGUGGUUUGUUUAUGCCCGACAUUUUCUAAUAAAAAUAAAUUUACUGAAAUUUCACGUUGAUGUCGUUUGAUAGGCGGUUAAUAUUUACAUCUCGGCAGAAUUAUAAAAAAAUAUACCGAGAUUGCAAAACAAAAUAUACAGCUAUUAAAAUCUUUAAUAUAAAACUUUUGUUAUAAAUGUUACGUGUACAUAGCGAAGCUCAAUUUUUUUUAGACCAAUAUAGCGGGAAAUCGUCGUGACGCGCUAACAUUGAUAAUUCGCUAUCGAGCCUUUUGAUGUGUUGUAGCACGCGUGUUAUGUGUUCAUUUACUUAUUGACGGCACAGUACGGUCAAAAUAAACUAAAACUGACAAUGUCGGACGAAAUGGCGGUGAUUGAUAACGGGGGAACCGAAGAAACUAAUACUGAGAGUAUUGAGAAGGUGGACACGGACGUCGAAAGAAGUCUAGAAGCUAAAGAAGUUCAUAAAGAUCAUACAGAGCUUAAACAUAGUGACGAACCCUCGAAUUCUCAAGAAGAAACUGAUUCUAUAGAAGAUUCAAAACUGGAAAUUGUUGAAGAUAAUUUAGAAAAGCAAGAGAGUGUUCCAUCUACAGAACCAAAUGUCAGCCCUAAUAUCACAGAACCCAAAAAUACAGAGCCUGAGCCAAUUACAGAGUUAGACACUAAAGCUCUUGAUGCUGUCUCUGAAACACAAGUAGCAGACCAAAAAAUAUUUGAUGAAGAUGUGAACGAAACUCCUCCGCAAAUUCCAGAAUUACAAGUCCAUGUUGAAACAGAUGUCAAGACCCCUGAAAUGGAAGUGGACGAAAAUAUUGAAGACAAAAUCGAAUUUGAGACUGAGAUGUUGAAAAGAGACACAGAUGACAGUUGCAAAGAAGGUGAGAAAUUAGAAGAUAUAAUUGCGGAAGUAAAUAAAGGCAUCAAGCGCAGGGCAUCAGAUGCUUUCGGUGAUGAGAAUGAUGAAGAAUUUAAGGGAUUUGAUACCGUUGAAGAUAUUAAAACAGAAGUUUAUGGUCGUGUUGUUGCACGUUUGGAAGCUGAAGUGUCAGCAGCCAUCAAGAACUUCACUCCAGUGAGGAACGUGAUAGCUACCCCUACAGCUUCAAAACGACCACGCACUGAUACUGAUGGAUCCCGACCAUCAUCAGCUAUGUCAUCAAAGUCCGAUGAGAAUACGGAUAGUGUACCGUCAUCUCCUGCGCAGCGCCGCCGUGCCACCAUCGACAUGUCGUCUCCGGCUCUCCGCUUGCCGCUGGAGCGCGGCUGGAAGCGGGAGCUGGUGUACCGGGCGGCCCUGGACUCCCAUUCCAGGAAACACGGUGACAUAUACUACUACACGCCGCUUGGAAAAAAGUUGAGAUCUACUAGAGAGGUGUCUGAGCAACUGGCAGGCACAGGACUGACAUUAGAAAACUUUUCAUUCUUCAAGGAGCCACUAGGAGUUGAUGAUCCUGAUAAAGAAAUUAUACGUGACGCGAAGUUAAUGCGCCGCGUGGAGUCCCCGGUUUGUAGCGCCCCGCCCGCCGUCGAGGGCAAGCGCACUCCCAAACCCAAGCCUCCCAAGGGGGCUAGUCCCGAACCUGUCGCGCUGACUUCCCCACCUGCCAAGAUCAAGGUGAAAUCAGUGGGCUCACGUCUCAGCGGCUCGAUUCCCGUACCAGCAGCAGCCCCGGAACCGAGGAAGCUGCCAAAGAAACCGCAACCCCAACAGCCGGCACCGACCACACCGAGCAACGCGGACAACAAUAACACUGCAGCCUGGAAGAAACCCAGCGAGGACAAGCGACGCGGCCGCCUGGCCAACGGCGCGCCGCCACCCGCGCCCGCCGCCGCGCCCCCCAACUCCCCGCGCCGCCGCCGCGCCCGCGCUGACGUCACGCUCGACGCCGACCACUUCGCGCCCUUCUACAGCGCCGCGCAGGAGAGGAACUACAAUGUCGUCGUGCAGAUUUUCCAGUACUUGGGCAUGCGUGACCUGGCCCGCUGCGCCCGCGUGUGCAAGCUGUGGAGGCAGCUGGCCGCCGCGCCCGCGCUCUGGAGGCACGUCCGCAUGAAGAACUCGCACGUGAGCGACUGGGCCGGGCUGUGCGCGGCGCUCAAGCGCAACGGGACCAAGCGGCUGGACCUGCGGAAGAUGCUGUUGCCGCAGAACGACGCGGAGUUCUGGGACCAGUUCGCCGAGCAUAUCGGCACCGUCGACACCAUAGAGCGGAUCGAGCUGUGCCGGUGCCCGGCGCGCGCGGUGGAGGCGGUGUGCCGCGCGGUGCCCGGGCUGCGCUCGCUGGCCGCGCUGGCCAUCCGGGACGCGCUGCUGGACCCCGCGCCGCUGGCCGCGCUGUCCCGCCUGCACGAGCUGCGCCUCAAGAGCAUGACCGGGCUCAGCCUCACGCGCGACCUGUCCCACCUCGCCGCGCUCACCAGCCUGCAGCACCUCAGCCUCACCUCCAUUAAGGCGCUGGGUUGGUGCGCUUGCGAAGUGGUGUCCGCGCUGCCGGCACUGGAGUCGCUGGAGCUGGGCGAGUGCACGUUCCGCGCAGACUUCCCGGCCGCGCUGAGCCGCCUCACCCGCCUGCGACGGCUGCGGCUGGAGCGGGGCACGGCACACGCUGCCUCGCCGCCCACGCUACGGGCACUGGCCGCGCUGCCUCAUCUCACCAGCCUUGAGCUGGUCAAUGUCGAUGUCAAGGUCGGCUUCGACGACGCCCUGGCUGAGUGCAAAAACAUUCAGAGGCUGCUGAUAAUACCCACGUACGUCUCACAGUCAGCGACCACCAAUAAACAGGUGCUGAGCGGCGUGCUGAGACUGAAGGAGACGCUGACGCACCUGAUGUGGGGGGUGACCAUCGAGCUGCUCCGCGUCACGGAGCUGUUCAUCGACCAGUGCAAGCAGGCCGGGGACGCCAAGCGCCGCGAGCUGGGCGAGUGCAUCCCCGUGCUCAAGCCCGUGCCCGGCUGCCGCCUGCCCCCCGACCACCCGCACGUCGCCGGGCCCCCGCAGGUGGAGAUCCUCCCGCUGCCGACUCUCCAGCGGCUGCUGUCGGCACAGCUGCCGAACACGAAGCUGAAGCUACUCCGCAUCCCGUUCCACGCGACCUGGCGCCAGUCGCUCGCCGACUUCCAGUAGCACCAGGCCCCCGCGUCCGGUGGGAGGCCGCUCAACGGUGCAUAUUCCAACCUGGACGAGGAACACAACGGCGGGCCGUUAUGACGAAGUGCCAAGGUCAGACUUUAAAAAUUUAGUGGCAUUGUCUGUGAUUCGACAUAAAUAACGUUUUAGUCUGAGCAUAGACAACGAUAAGUUUCUACGGAGCCUCGAGAGCUAGUGUCGGAAGUGACAGCUGUCAGUGAUUCGCUUUGUAUCCGGAGCAUGGACGAGGAAAUCAACUUCCAUACAGCCUUGAGAAUUUGUAAGGAGUGACGUCAUAUCAAUGGACUCUUCCCGAUUCGGUACUUAAACCAUUACUUCUGGGCCACGUCCAGAACUGUUAUGAGUCACGUUGACAAUAAAUACGUUAUAGAAAUAUUAUCAUGGAUUAUGUCGCGACGUGCCAGUUUUUUUGGACGAUUUCUCAAUCAAUAUUCUGGCUGUAGUAAACAAAUAUUGUAUUUGUUUUGUUUUAAAUUUGAAACGAUAUUUUAAUUUGUACAAGACGGAAUGAUACUAUCCGUGUUUAACAUGUCUACUAAAAACGUAAUUCAUAUGAAAAUAAUUCAAUAUAUAAAUUCGAACACUCUUAGAGUAAAAAAAUAAUAUGAAUUAACAAACUUUAAAGAUGUAUACAUAACAUAUAGAUUUUUAAAGUACACAAUUGAUAUAGAAAAAAAUAUAUGUUACGUUAAGUAUGUAAUGUGUAAAUAUUAUAAUUUAAUAUAUAUAUAAAUAUAUACAAUUAGAUUUUAAAACGAUCAGUGCCUCUAAUUAAUAUGAUGUGUCACCUCAAAAUGAGCCUUGCGUACUAAAGUAUAAUGUCUACAAUAGAAUGUACGUUGUGAUUAAUACUAUGGACAGUUUAUUCAUUGAAAUAUGAUUGUAAUUUUAUUUCAAAUUACAUAACAGCGAGGAGAGUCAUUGUUUGCUUAGAAAUGGCUAUUAGGCUUAAUUUACAGUAUACCGUAUUCGUGUUACAAUCAGGGACAUUUAAAUAAUGCUUUAUAACUUUAUUAGUUGUUCAUUAAAAUUUACAUGGCUCUCUGAUUUUCUCACAAGGAUGUCGAGAAGUAAUCUAUUUUGAUUGCUCGAUUUCUUGUGUAAUAAGGUUUAUUUUGGCACGCACAUACAUAUCGUUCAUAUGUGAUGAUACAUGUAUUCAUGAGCUUGACAAUCAAGCUAACGAACGAACAUCAAGCACUGAUGUUUGUCCAGCAUAAAUGUGUUAUAAAAAUUACUCUCGAGUUGUAUUUUUUAAAAAGUUGUUCAGGUUUUCCAGUAGGUGGAUUAUGUUUGCUGUUUGUUAUAUAAUUAUAAUAUAUAAUACAUUUUUCUUCCAUCAUAUAAAUCUUCUAUUCUUCUUUGUUCUAUUAUGUACACCUUUUUCAUUAUAAAAAAAAACUGGGGAAUUGUUCAAAGUGAUAUCGUCAAUGAUACUUUUUACUAUUGCAUCACAUGUCACCGGAGCAUUGUUUACUAGCUGAUGCCAAUGCGGUGAUCUAAAGUGCAUUGCCAGAGAUCAUUGUUCCCACUUACCUUGCGGCUCUGGCAUGAGCUUCCUUCGACGUUGUUUCCGGACUGUUAGACCUGUCCUUUUUCAAGCUUUCAAAAGUCCCUGAGCCGCAGGCGGCUGCCUGUCUGUAGCUUUAAUCCUUUGAAUCCAGAGUCUACACUUAUUGGACACACAGCUUAGUCUUACAUUAGUCUAUGGACCGCAAAGGUUAAGAUCAUGGAUAAGCAUGAACAACAGCUUAUCGCAUGAGUCGUAUGUUCAUCUGCAUCCUAAGAAACUAAAACAAAUAUAGUUUGUUUCUUGCUCUAUACAUGUCAAUGUUAUUUUAUGUCUUACUGUAAACCCUGUUGGCAAUCCUUAAAUAAAUAAAUAAAUAGUUCAACAUAAUCCGCCUCUGUACUAUGAAUGAUGUCGCUGAGUAUAUAAUUGAAAUAAUUAUGUUGCAAUAUAUCCAGUAAAUGUGUAUAUUAUUAUUUUUUAUUAUCAUUAUUAUAACACGCACGGUCGAGUACAACCCUCUUUAAAUAUUAUAAUUAUUUUCGUUUCGUGUAAAGAGAUAUGUAAAAUGUUGGUUAUUUUAGUUUAGUGUUUGUUCGUUGUAUUUUCGAGUUUAUUUGUGUGAUACUUGAUUUCAAAGAACCGUCUAUUAGUUUCCUACGAUCGUUUGAAACCGAGUCGCAAUUCUUUUGCUGUUCCAAAAUCGAUUUAAGAGAGUUUGUUAUUACGUCAUUUAAUCUACGUUCAAUUUGACAGUCACCAUAAACGUCAUCUGUCAUGUUUGAAAAUCAAAACAUUUCCCGCCAAAAUGCUACCGCUAUAUUUUUUGUUUUCGCUGUCACGAAAAUGUAGUAUUGCUAUUUUAAUCUAAACACGACGCACUCUAUCUAUAGUUGUCAAUAUCUUCAUGACGUCACAUGAGAAGAAAUACGAUCUAACAGAAGACAUAAGACGGACGCUAAACAAUUUAAAUACGCACAAAUUUAAAAUAAACGCGAUCUAGAUUUUUGGUAGCACAAAUCGAUUUAUUUAUCGAUUUUAAAAACAUUUAACAUUCUCUGAAUUCUAAUUUGCUUAUGAUGACUUCAAGUUGAAGAAUCAAAUUUAUUUAAGUCUGAAUGGAAUUAUCGUUAUGAAGUUAAUGACUACUUACUUGUAUACAAUAAGAGCCCAGUGACGUAUGAUCUGAGAUAUAGGCUGGGUGCGUUGUAGUGAGACCUUGAUUUUUUUCCAACUCAAAAAUCAAAACAUUGUUAUUGUCAUUGCCACGGUUAGACAUUUUGGUGCAAGCGAACGUAUUUAACUCUCGACCGAUAUAGAUUGAACUAUUAUAAUUUUACGAAAGGAACAAGUAUCGCACAACAUCAAAGAUAAUUAUGUAUGUAAAUGCUAUGAUUAUUUUUAAAGUUUAUUUACAAUGAAACUAAUUGUGUUUAAUCAUUAUUGUUACUUAAUAACGCCCGAGAUGACACCAAAUUCACGAUCUCUGCACGCUAUAUAUAUAUAGAAACACUAAUAUUACAUAAUAACGAGGCGUGAAAGACUAUUUGGUUUAAGCAACAUUUGGCUAAAUCCUCGACAUUUAUCUUUAUAAAUUAAAUGUUUGUUUUAUUUGGUACUAUUAGCAUCAACAAUUCAAUGAUUUUAAUUGAACUUCAAUUAGGUUUACCCCAUUCGAAUAACUCAAGAAGUUUUUUCGUCAUGAUAUUGUUACCUUAAUUUUAAACUUUAAAUAGCUCUGUUGUAAAGUUGAAAAAAUUUCGCUUAAAAGAAAUAACCUUUCUUCACCCCUCGGAUGUGUAAUACAAUAAUGCUAUGUAAAUUUUUUUGUAUAUCGUGUUGAAACCAAAUUAUGGGGAUGGGAUCCUUUGGUUUGAGGCCGUUAUAUUGUGUCAUUCACUCACUCUGUAGAUGAUUUCAUUGGAAUUUGACAUCAGCUAUGCCCAUUGUCUUUAAUCGCCGCUGUGAUGGACAAUAGAGAUAUGAAAAGACGAUUCGUGAUUCAUAUUGUUACGGGCUAUGGGGUUCGAGAUAAAUAAAAUUUCACCAAAGUACAACUAAAAACUGUAUUCAGCACUUAAAACACUUUAAAACUCUCAAUUCGCUUGUUCCGCUUCGCUUCAGGUGAUCCGUUCGCUGUUUCGUUUCGAGUAGUUCCGAUUACUUACUGACUGUGUGCCAUCCCUGUAACGCUUUUAUAGUCAAUACCUCAUGCCUAGAAUUAUCGAGAAUAUUUCACAAAUCUCUAGUAGUAGUUUCCGCUAUCUGACAAUAG